AUGGGAGCCACGCUAUCAUUCGGUGAAUCGAAUUAUGGAUCUCAGGUCGCGAUCAAUCACGGCCAAAUCAUUAACCAGGUCUAUCAACCAAAUCUCGAUGACAAGUUGCGUGUAGUGCAUGGGGCAGCUUUUGAUUCAUAUGUGGAUCAGCAUGAAGAUGAAUGCUUCCCCGGCACUAGAACCGAUAUCCUUCGUCAAAUUAAAGAUUGGGCUUCAUCACCGCAGGGAAGAUGCAUCUUUUGGUUAAAUGGAAUGGCCGGGACAGGGAAGUCUACUAUCUCCCGGACCAUAGCUCAAGCAUUCAGAAUGGAAGGCCAAUUGGGCGCUAGUUUCUUCUUCCAAAGAGGCGAAGGUGAUCGCGGGAAUGCAACGAGGUUCUUCACGACUGUGGCUAACCAGCUUAUGGCCCACAUACCUGAGUUGCGCCCUUUGAUCCAAAAAGUUCUCCAAAAUGACCCAAAUAUUUCCACGAAGUCCCUUAGCGAACAAUUCAAGCAGCUUAUCCUUCAACCUUUGGGCGAGAUAGCUCAAACAGUCCCACAAGUACAGAGGGUGGUCGUCGUGGUCGAUGCAUUAGAUGAGUGCGCACCUGAGCAGGACGUGAGGAUGCUUCUCCACUUAUUACCUCAGAUCAAGAAAUCACCUGUUAUCCAAAUACGAAUCUUUGUCACUAGCAGACCAGAGUUGCCGAUCCGUCUUGGUUUUCGAAAGAUAUCACAGGUGGAGUAUCAGGACAUCAUUCUUCACAAUAUUCCGAGACCCGUGAUCGAACAUGACAUGUCAAUAUUCAUACAUCACAAACUCAUGACAAUACGGGAGGAGCAUGAUUUGCCUAGCUUAUGGCCUGACCAGAAAAGCAUCCGAGCUCUGAUACAGAUGGCAGUCCCGUUGUUUAUCUUCGCGACUACUAUAUGCCGGUUUAUCGCAGACCAUAACUGGGACCCAGAAGAGCGACUCAACAAGGUGCUGGAAUACCAAAAUCUGAGCCUAAGUUCCAAGCUAGAUGGUACCUACCUCCCUAUCUUAGACCAGCUUCUUAUCGACGUGGAUGGUAUGACCGAAAAGCAAGAACUGAUUUCAGAUUUUCAACGCAUUAUUGGGGCUAUUAUUCUCCUCUUCGAACCGCUCUCUCUUGAAGCACUUGCGAAAAUGCUUGAUAUCCCCGAAUCAAAAAUUUGCGUCCGAUUAAAGUCAUUGCACUCCGUUCUUCACAUACCAGAAAAUAAGACCAGUCCUGUGAGAAUGUUACAUCUAUCAUUUCGAGAUUUUCUAGUUGACUCCAACGCUUGUGAUAAGACACCGUUCUAUGUGGACGAGAAUCAAACACAUCAACAAUUGACCACAAGAUGCCUUGCUGUAUGUCGCAGCAUGAGGAAAAAUAUGUGUGCGCUAUCGAGUGACGGAAUUCGACGAGUGGAUAUUUGUCCCAAAGCUAUCAAUCAUUAUCUCUCUCCAGAACUACAAUACGCCUGUCGCUAUUGGGCGUACCAUCUUAUAGAAAUUAAGGACGUGGAUUCUAUGAUAGAUGAAGCACUUAUAUUUCUCCAGAAGCACUUUUUGCACUGGGUUGAAGGAAUGAGCCUACUAGGUCUUAUCUCGGAAGUACUAGGGAGUCUUGAUCAUCUCCAAUCGGCUAUACCGGACCACAAACAUUCUGGCAUGUCGGCUUUUCUUCAAGAUGCAAAGCGCUUUAUACGUAAGAAUCGUCAGAUAGCGGAUGAGGCGCCUCUUCAGCUCUAUUGUGCAGGACUUAUAUUUGCCCCUCAAAAAUCAAUAAUACGCAAAGAGUUCGAAUCAGAGCUUCCCAACUGGAUAUACCAAGUUCCUGAGAUCAACAAAAACUGGAGUGCAGAAUUACAGGCUCUCGAGAGCCAGUCCAACUCGGUCCACUGGGUAGCCAACUCGGUCCACUCGGUAGUAAGCUCUGUCCACUCGGUAGCCCUCUCGCCUGACGGCCGGAUACUAGCGUCCAGCUCUGGCGAUCAGACAGUGCGGCUCUGGGAUACGGCGACAGGCGGCUUGCAACAAACUCUUGAGGGCCAUCGAGUCUACCUAUCUCACGAUGAGAUAGUACGGCUCUGGGACACGGCGACGGGAGCCCUGCAGCAGACUCUUGAGGGCCAUUCGAACACAGUCGACUUAGUAGCCAACUCGCUCCAUUCGGUGACUUUCUCGCCCGAUGGCCGGAUACUAGCGUCCGGCGCUAACGAUAAGACAGUGCGGCUCUGGAACACGGUGACAGGCGGCCUGCAACAGACUCUCGAGGGCCAUUCGGGCUCAGUCUACUCGGUGGCCUUCUCGCCCGACGGCCGGCUACUAGCGUCCGGCUCUCGGGAUCUGACAGUACGGCUCUGGAAUACAGCCACGGGCGGCCUACAACAGACUCUCGAGGGCCAUUUCGAGCUAGUCAGCUCGGUGACCUUCUCGCCUAACGGCCGGCUAUUAGCGUCCGGCUCUUGGGAUCAUAUAGUACAGCUCUGGGAUACAGCGAUAGGCGGCCUACAGUAUACUCUUAAGGGCCAUUCGGGCCCGGUCAGCUCGGUGGCUUUCUCGCCAGACGGCCGGCUGCUAGCUUCGGGCUCUUACGAUAGUACAGUACGGCUCUGGGAUUCAACAAUAAGCGGCCUACAACAGACUCUCGAGGGCCAUUCGGACCCAGUCCAAUCGGUAGCCUUCUCGCCUAACGGCCAGCUACUAGCGUCCGGCUCUUGGGAUUAUAUAGUACGGCUCUGGGAUCCAGCCACGGGCGACCUACAGCAGACUCUCGAGGGCCAUUCGGACACAGUCCACUUAGUAGCCUUCUCGCCCGACGGCGGGCUACUUGCGUCUAGUUCUUGGGACCACACAAUACGGCUCUGGAAUAUAGCGACGGGCGGCCUACAACAGACUCUCAAGGGCCAUUCGACUAUUAUCUCGAUAGCCUUCUCGCCCGACGGCCGACUACUAGCGUCCAGCUCUGGCGAUAAGAUAUUACGGCUCUGGGACACAGCGACGGGAGCGCUACAACAGACUCUUAAGGGACAUUCGAGUAUAGUUUUCUCAGUAGCCUUCUCGCCCGACGGUCGGCUACUAGCGUCCGGCUCUAGCGAUGAGACAGUGCGGCUCUGGGACACAGCCAUAGGCGGCCUGCAACAGACUCUCGAGGGCCAUUCGAGUAUAGUUUUCUCAGUAGCCUUCUCGCCCGACUGUCGGCUACUAGCGUCCGGCUCUAGCGAUAAGACAGUGCGGCUCUGGGACAUACCGACGGGUAACCUACAAGCGACUCUAGAUACAGAGGGAACUGUCACCAAACUCAAAUUUUCCCGAGAUGGUUCAAAUCUAAUCACAAACCUUGGCACCUUUGGUUUUCAGUCCAGGCAUAUAAAGCAUGCUGCUAAUGCAUUUUUUAAGACUCCGGCGAUCUCUAUUGAGCAAGGACAGUGGAUUAACAUGAACGGCAAAAAUAUAUUAUGGCUUCAUCCUGAGUUUCGGCCUAGCUGUUCCGCGAUUCAUGGAGAUUCAAUUGCCCUGGGACACGAUUCAGGGCGGAUUUCUUUCCUACGAUUUCGUCUAUAG